AUGAGCCUACGGGAUCAGAACAGAACAGAAAAGCUUCCUAAAGAUAAUGGUGAUAAAGACUGGCUCUAUUUAAACCUUGAGAUUUUUCCGGAUCCGAUAAUAAACCAGGACAAAGCCAAAUUGACAAAAUAUGAACAGAUUGACAUUGAUUUGAUAACAUGGAGGACUUUAAUUAUGAUCAGUUUGAAUAAAAUGUAUGGCUUGAUUGGAGAGUCAUCGCCAUUUGAAAUACCCGCUGAAUUGUCAUCGAAGUCAAUUAUCCUCAAGAUUCAAACAGAAGACAAGGAAAAGUUUAAUAACAGUUUAUUGAGCUAUACUUUCAACUUGAACAAGUAUACUGAGUUGGAUUUGAACUGCUACAUAAAGAUUAAGAAGAGUGCUCACUACGUUGCUUUAGUGAUGUGA